AAGCGCUGAGGAAAACCCUUGCUGCGCAGCUAGUAAAAAAUCCAUCAAAUUCAGUUUCUGCGCACACCUUACUAACGUUAACGUCCUUGCCCCUGUAACAUUCUGCAGUGCGCAUUCUGCGUUCGGUAGUCGAAUAGUCGAUUUUUUCUUUCAUUCGAAGUUUGCGAAUGUUGUGGAGUGGAGAGUGAAGUUAUUUAUAUUUUCAAAUUGCUAAAAUGAUAACGUAAUUAUAAUUUUUUAUGGUUUAAAAUAUCAAAUUUACUUUGAAAUGUUCAUUGUUUUACAUACUGGGCGUUCGUAUUCAGUUUAGUGUACAGUUUCGUGAAAAUGUGCCGGAUUUUUGUUGAAAGUUGAUAAGUUGAAGUUCCUUGUUUUUGGUUUUCGUGUUUGUAUAGUUCAAUUUAUAUUUAAAAAAUGAAGCUGAGCCUUAUUACGUCGUUUUGUUUAAUUUUUACCAUUUGUGUUGUUCCUAAUUGCGAUGGAACGGUGGAAGGACAAGGAAACGAGCCGAUCAAUGUGGCUUCGCCUGCUUCGAAUCCUGCCGCUUCUUCGACCGAAUCAACGAAGCCGGAGGAGCAUUUGGGUUUCGUUCAAGCUUUCCUCGGAGCAUUUUCGGUGAUAGUUGUCUCGGAGCUGGGCGAUAAGACGUUUUUCAUCGCUGCCAUUAUGGCUAUGAGACAUCCUCGCGUAAUGGUCUUCCUCGGAGCUAUAUUAGCUUUAGCAUUUAUGACCGUAUUAUCAGUUGCUUUUGGAUGGGCAGUGACAUUCUUUCCUAAAAAAUACACGUAUUACGCUAGUACUAUUUUAUUCCUUAUUUUUGGCGUGAAAAUGAUCCGAGAUGGGAUCAAGAUGUCCCCUACUGACGCUCAAGAAGAGUACGAAGAAGUGCAGGCUGACUUGAGGAAGAAAGAAGAAGAGCACGCUAAAAAAUUAAAAUCGAAAAAGCCAAAGAAGGAAGCUGUUUCUCCUACCAUAGAACCUUCAGACGGUGCUAUUCUGGUGCUUCCAGUUACUGUUGACAAUAUUGAAAGUACGAAAAAUGGUAAAAGCGAAGAAGCUGAUAAAUCCAAAACUAUUCCCCAGUUCGAAAAAGAAACUCUUACGAAGGACGUUGAAUCCGGAUACAUAAAUAGAAACUCCAAAGUUAAAAUACUCAAAGUUUUAUCGCAUAUCAUUGUGCAAGCAUUCACGCUGACUUUCCUGGCCGAGUGGGGCGAUAGAUCUCAGUUCACUACGAUUAUAUUAGCAGCCAGAGAUAAUGUGUACGGUGUUGCAUUAGGUGGUAUCGUUGGGCAUGGUAUUUGCACCGGAUUAGCUGUGAUCGGCGGUAGAUUUAUCGCGCAGAAAAUUUCAGUCAAAACAGUUACCAUUGUUGGUGGAUUCGUUUUUAUUAUAUUCGCUGUGAUCACCGUAUUUCUAGAAAGUUAAUGAUAUACUUAUACCUUCACCUACGUAAAGUCUCUGCAUCGAGUACGUUGUUAGCGUAAUUAUUGAAAGAAAGAGAAAACGUCACGUCGCGAAUGCGGUACUUCCAUAAGUAUAAUACUUACUUCCUCCCCCCCCCAAGUUUAUGUAAUUGCGCUUUCCGUGAAAUUGAAAAUAAUUUCAUCGUAGUUGAUUUGUAAACUACUUAAAUGUUUUUGUUUCUUGAAUUUUAACUACAUUUUAAACGUUUUUUUGAAAAAAAAAAAUAUUGUGUGGUUAUUUUUUCAAUUUUUAAUGCACAAAUACCUCCAGGUUCAGAUAUGUAUUGUUUGUCGAUCUGUGAAAGUUGUAUGUUCAAAUGAUGGUAUUUUGUUCUUAUGGUUGUGAUUUGAACUAGUAGAAAUUGAUGUAAAGUUGUGUGAGUUUGUCGAAAAGUGAUUUGAUUUGAUUUUUUUUUUUUGGAAGUGCUCGUAUGUGUGAGCUUAUAGUUUAGGUUGAAACCAAAUUAUGUUUGGGAUCGAAGAACUACGUUUGAUACCUUUUUUAGGGCGCAUAUGUUUUAUGAUGAUCGAGGUUAUUAUUUGUAUAGCCUAUGAUUCAUUUUUUCAUUGAUGAAUGGAACAGAACCUGAAGUGCGUUAAAAAUUACUUCUUACCUAUUAUAUUGGUGCAAUAUUUGUUGACAAACAUACUUACCUAAAAGUAGCGCAUUACCAUACCAUGUAAUAUUUUUACCUCUUUUUUUCCAUUUUUUAAAACGAAAAGCGAAUCAUUCUGAUUUUUUAAAAAAUUGUUAUUAUUAUUUUUGUUACGUGUGAUGAAUUAAUUUUAUAGACGUUGAAGUGUAAACGUCGGAGUAAGUUUUAUUUCCAAGUUUUGUAAAUUAUUGUGUAUGUAAAUUAUUUUUGUGAGAUGAAAUAUAAACGUUAUAUUUCCGUUUUUAUUUUAA